GAGGGGACUGGUUUUACAUCACCUGUUUUUGCUGAAUCAGCGUAUCAGUGUCUAGAAAUUAAGUGUGAUAAAGAGAUCAUUCAGUCAUAGAGUUUUAUCGAAAGUAAUCAUUUGAUUUUCAUCGAAUCUAUUGGGUUCCACCACAAUUUUUACGUUUUCGUCACAUUCGGAUCGACCAAUUGUCAAAAUGUCGGCGGAUAUGGAUUUUCAGGCAACAAUUCGGAAGAUGCGUGAGGUGGUAAACGUGGACUUUUCGGAUUGGACAGGUGCACGAGUGGGACGUCAUUUGUAUCUAGCUGGAGAGUGUCGCAUGAGAGGUGAACACUACAUGUUUCCUGGUUACAUAAAGUUCCCCAUCCGAAAGUACGACAACAAGAACCCAGCCCAUCUUCCAUUCGAUCUCGACAUGACAGCUUGGCCGAAACUGAUCGUUAUGGAGCAUGGCGCUGCUGAGUGGAACGAAAUGCGAAAUCAUUGGAAAGCAUUUGUUCCGACAUUGUUGCAAGCAGGUCGAAACCAAUUGGUACGAACGGGAAUAAUUCCAUUGAGAGCAAAUCGACAAGGAAAUAAUGGUCAACAACCAGGCCCACAACGACAAAGUGCCUCGUCACCGAAUGUGAGGGCCUCGGGUAAUCGAACAGUCAAUCCAGCUUCAUCACAGCAUCAAUCGAACAACGUAGAUGAUCCACGUCCAGGCACCAGUACGCAACAAGAACCGAAUGUAUCACAUCAAAUUCAACCCCUUCCUGAUGAUGAUGAGAUGCCACAUAUCAACAUACUUGAAUACAUUCAAGACCAAGAAAUGCAAUUGAACGUAGGUGUGACCACUGAACAACCGUCGAAUGCUUCAGCUACUGGUGUGCCACUCCCCAAUGCAUCAAAACAUGAUUCAAAUUUUCCGCUCGUUGUUCAGCCAGUUCCUGACAACGCAUCGGCAUCGACGGCAAUUGAACCCAAUGGUGCAGCUGUGUGAGUUCAAUUUCAACUCGACCAUUCCCAAAUCGCCGAAAGUCGUUUUAAUCAUUUAAAACCCCGGCCUUUUUGAAUUUUUUUCGAUUGAUUUGAUUUGA